CUCCUGCUUUAUUGUUCUGGAGCAAAGAGGUCUAAUUACACGGUGGGUUUUUUACAGCCCCUUCCUAGGCUGGGGAUUUCCUGCCGUUAACCCCCCCCCCCCCAGGACCUUUGUGCUCAAAGCCUGGGACCCAAACCUAUCAUUUGCAGAGGAUAAACAUCCUGGUUUGGAGCUCACAAAGGUGAGGCUUUGCACUGUUGAGAAGAGGCGCUGGGUCCCCGAAGGGGGCAGUUGCUUGGAGCUGCUGGGCCCAGGACCAGAGGAGGCUGCUUUGCCUGGCUCCAGGCACAGAAGUGCCAAGGGGCUAGGACACAUGGACUGAUUGAUUAGAUUUCCGUGCCGCCCUACAAGUCUCGAGGCAGCUGGCUUCUGAAUCGCUUCUCAGGGGAAUAAAAUAGCGCCCCAUGGCUGCCCUACUGCCUCUCGCCCUGCUGCUCCCCAGCUGUGCCUGGGCCCUGGCCGCCCCAUUCCCCUUCCCCGCGGGCUCCCGGCGCAGCAGCUGCAAGCCGAUCCCCCGUGGCAUGGCGCUGUGCCACGGCGUGGGCUACACCGAGAUGCGGCUCCCCAACCUGCUGGGCCACGACAGCAUGAAGGAAGCCCUGCAGCAAGCGUCCUCGUGGGCACCGCUGCUCUCCAAGAACUGUCACGGGGACACCAAGAAGUUCCUGUGCUCCCUCUUUGCUCCCGUCUGCCUCAGCGAGCUCGGGGAGCCUGUCUCGCCCUGCCGGGCUCUCUGCGAGGAGGUGCGGGAUGGCUGCGCUCCGGUCAUGGCCGCUUUUGGCUUCCCUUGGCCCGACAUGUUCAACUGCAGCCGGUUCCCGCAGGGUGAUGAGCUGUGCGUACCGCCCGCCGGCCCCGGGGACAGGCCCUCGCUGCUGAAAGAAGAUGCCGUCUGCUCAGCCUGUGUCAGCUUUGGGCAAAAUGAGAAGGAGUUUCUGGAAAACUUCUGCAGUCAGGACUUCGCCUUGCGAAUGAGCAUCAAAGCCCUGUCCUAUGUGGACGGGGACCUCAAAGUCAUCCCCGAGCUGAAGAGCCGGACCCUCUACAAGCAGAAGGGCUGGUCGGAAGAGGAGCUGAGGCAGCCCGUGCUGUGGCUGACGGAUGGAGAGGCCUGCGCCUGCGAGGAGCUCCGCGGCCCGGGCGGCGUGCUGCUGGCCAUGGGGCACAGGGUGGCCGACCGCCUGGUCCUGUCCUGGGUGCGACGGUGGCAGCGGGGGGACAAGGAGCUGAAGAGGUUGAGCCGGGCAGUGAGGAAGCUGCAGUGCUAGAGAGCAGAAUGGGUUAGACGUAGCCAGGCCGUUCCUGCAGAAGCAGGCUCCCAGCCCCCGGCUAUCCUGACAGCCAUAUGGGUCCAGGAUCUCGGCCCGCCACCCUGCCCACUGGUUCCUCAUUCCUGCUUCCUACCCACUGACUCCUUGCUCCUGCCCCCAUGCUCCUGGCUCCAGUCUGGACCCCCUGCUUCCCCCUCCUGGCCGUGCCUGCUCCUGAUGCCCUGGCUUGCAGCUUGAGUGUUAAGCCUGAUCGCCCACGUCCCAGCUGUCCCCGGACAGCUGCAUUCGUGCACCCCAAAAGAGACACCUGCCUGGGAGACGAGGAGGGGAUGGGUGUUGUGGGGGCUCUGGGAUGCAUGGUUGCGUCUCUUUGUCCCCCUCUGGAAAUGGCCUGUCUCCCUGCUCCCUCCAGCCCCGGCGAGGAAAUCUGAGGCUGGUUCUGUGUGCAUGGGUCCUGAGCCCACGCGUGCAGCAGUGGUCGCACCACAUGCACACGUCUGUGCAUGGAGUAGCGCAUUAGUGUCCCUGAGGAUGUGGGGGGUGCUGGGGACAGGGGCAGGGCAGCCCUGCAGACCGCAGAAGUGGGGUGGGGGCAGUGAGGUCCAGUGGCCCGGAGGCUGGAGAGGGGCACUGGGCACCCGGCUUCUAUCCCCAGCUGGCCACUGGCCCGGGCAGGCCUGUUUCCCCAUAAUGCUAGCCCCCUUUGCAAAGGACAUUGAGAUCAGCUGGCCUCGUUACGGAGACCUCGCAACCACCUUCCCCAUCAAUGGGCCUCAGGUAUGGUCUGAGGCGUGAGAGGCAGCCCGGGCUCCAUGGCGCGCCCCAUCUGUGGCCCUUGCGGGCAUCAGCUGUGGCACUGGCUCGUCCAGUAUGCCUUUCCUCCAUGGACUGGGAUCCAGACCCCAUGGGCAAGUGCUCUGCAUUCCCCAUCCUUCUGGGGCCAGCGGCCUUCCAGCUCUCCCACCGCCGUGCCCUCCUUUCCAGCCUGUCCCUCUCCUCGGGACUUUCCCAUUCGGUGCCUCAGUGGUGCUGAAACCUGGCGGCACUAUCGCUGGGGGGAGUCUGGCCCGUUCCCUGGGCUGGCAUUACGGUCCAACUCUGGAGCCCGUCCUGCUGAUAGCUCGGCUCCGUGGAGAGACCUGCAGGCAUUGCUGAGCCGGAGAACUUGCUUCAAUAAAAAUCUGCUCGUUA